AUGGCGUGGCGACGAUGCCAAAAUGCGAAACGCGACGACGCCGCCGACGAUGAGGAGCCGAACGUGCGAUUCGACGGCGCGAAAGCCGUCGAGAUACCGGCGAACUCGUACCAGAGUCCGGUGAGCACCCAUCUAUCGCUGAUAUCGAAUCCCGACGAAUUCAAAUAUAUGGACGAGAUCGCGCUGCUGAAACGCGGGAAAAUUGAUCGCGAGACGCCGAAACAUCCGUACAAUCGAAUGAAGAAGGCGAUCGAGUCGAGCGAUUCGAGCGACAACUCGCUGUUCGGGGAGCCUGUCGCCGAUAUGACCGAAUAUAAGCUCGGCGACGAUGGCGGUUUGAAGUAUUGGAAGUUGGUGAAUGGCGGCGAGCGGUAUGAAUUGACGAGCGGCGAGCGCUUCUGCUUCUAUCAGCAAUCGGCUGGACACACGUCGCUAUCGAUUAUUCGAAAAUGA